CCAUUGUCUUGCGGCUAUCGAGCAGGGCGACAAAAAAUUCCAAUAAUUACAUUUAGAGCCACGGUUAGCGCAACGCAUUUAAUUAACAUUUAUUGAGAGCCGUUGCACAAUGGAAGUCGACACAGCGACAACACCUGAGCACAAUCAAGAAUUUGCCGAUGUGGACAUCAACAAUGGUUCAGUAUCCGGUGCAUCUGACGAAGAGGAAGUCCCAGCACCGGGCAGCGUAACAUUGGAGCAAGAAAAUGAUUUAUUCGUAUCAGCAAUGACGCCGAGCGAAGUGCAUCGUCGCAUUUCUGCGAGCAAUUUAGAGGAAGUGCUGACAGACGAUGGUGAUUAUUUUAUUCAAAUUGUCAUAUCAGAUCCCCAGAAGGUGGGCGAUGGCAUGAGCUCCUAUUUGGCCUACAAGGUGACAACGAAAACAAACAUUCCCAAAUUCAAGCGCAAUGAAUUUAGUACUUUGCGCCGCUUUAGUGAUUUCUUGGGCAUCCAUGAUCUCUUGGUCAACAAGUAUUUGCGUAUGGGUCGAAUUAUACCGCCGGCACCAUCAAAGAAUAUUAUAGGCAGCACCAAGGUUAAAAUGAGUCCACAGCAAACCGAGCCGGGCACACCGAUUAAUCAGGAAUGGAUCGAGAUACGACGUGCGGCACUCGAACGAUUCGUCCAACGUACAGCCCAGCAUCCGGUCCUGCGCGUCGAUUUGGAUUUCAUCAAUUUCUUGGAGAGCGACCAGGAGUUGCCGCGUGCGGUGAAUACGUCCGCUUUAAGCGGCGCCGGCGUUAUACGAUUAUUUAAUAAGGUCGGCGAAACAGUUAACAAGAUUACGUACAAGAUGGAUGAAAAUGAUCCAUGGUUCGAUGACAAGAUAACUGAAGUUGAGCACUUGGAUUCAAAUCUGCAAAAGCUUUCGUCAGCACUAAAGUCGCUCGUCUCCUCACGCCGGGAGCUGUCCGUACUGACUGGCCUGGUGGCGAAAUCAGCAGCUAUGCUGAGCACCUGCGAGGAGCACACAGGUCUCUCGCGUGCGCUCUCGAAUCUCGCCGAUGUAGAAGAAAAGAUAGAACUCCUACGCUCGGAGCAGGCAAACUCAGAUUUCUACAUACUGGCCGAAUUCAUCAAAGACUAUUUAGGUCUAUUCGGUGCGAUUAAGUGCAUUUUCCAUGAGCGUGUUAAAGCGUUUCAAAACUGGCAAUACGCUCAAAUGCAGCUGUCGAAGCGACGUGAGAAUCGCGGACGAUUUGAGUUGGCCAAUCGUGCUGAUAAACUAGAUCAGGCACAACAGGAGGUCGAAGAGUGGCAAGGGAAGGUGCAACGCUGUCAGCAGCAGUUCGAUGAUAUUUCGGCCGAAAUAAAGCGAGAAAUGGAGCGCUUUGAGUUAAGCAGAGUAAAAGACUUCAAGGCUAACAUUAUAAAAUAUAUCGAAGUUCAAAUGGCUCAUCAGCAACAGAUAAUCAGUUACUGGGAGGCAUUCGCUCCAUUUGCCAGAGAAAUCGUUUAACUUUUAAUUCAAUUCAUGAAAUGCAUUUCCAAAAGGUUUAACUAAACAGCAAUGCGGCAUUUAGCUGAACAUAUGUAA